AGCACUGCAAACUUACUACACUAUCAAACAAAACACAAACGUUUCAGCAUCUGUAAAUCGUAAAUCUGUCACCAAGAAAUAUUUUUCGAAAGUCUAUCAAAAAUGUUUUGUUAGAGAAAUUAGACCAGCAAAUAAUCCUUUAGAAAACAUGGCAGAAACUUCAAGCAUUGCAAUCACACUGGAGCAAAAAAUUGAUGAUCUCAAGAUUGCCAUUGAAAACAAGUCUGAUAACGUACUCAGAAUUGUUGAAGAUAUUCUCUCGAUUAUCAAAGAAAAUGGCAUAGAUUCUGUGCCAGAUGUUAGUAUUGUUCCAUGUGUUCAACUUGUUUUGUUGUUACGGUGGAAGUCAAAUGAAGUUAUAGCUGUAGUGGCCAACAUCUUAGCUGAAGUUGCAAAAUCAGAAGCUGGCCGAGAACGACUUGCUACCCUUCAGCCGCCCAUUGCCCAACAGCUUGUCAAUCUACUUCAACAAAAGUCAUCUGAUCUAUCAGAUAGUGGCAACCUUGCUGUAGUGACACAAGUAUGCCGUGCCUUGGGAAACAUGUGUUAUGAAAGUGAGCGAGGGCAAACAUGUGUCCUGGAUGCUGAGGGUUUGGAAGUACUCCUUUCAGUUUUGGAGAGAGCUGUGCUGCUUGCCAACAACACUCCUGGAGCUUCCACUCUACGCUCUGUGAUAAUUGGUUUCCUUCUUAAUUUAACUAUCUCUCAGGAUGUAAUGCAUCAGAAGCUGGUGGCUCUGGGUGGAAUUGGAUUGCUAUGCCAAGUUCUAGAACUUGACAGAGAAAGUGAAGAUGGCUGCAGUACAACUGAUCAUGCAAUAGUCAUUCUUGGUUAUCUUUUAGAUCAAGUUUCUUCUGGUGAUACUAUUUUAACUGAUAAGGUGUGUCAGAUGCUAGUGCAGGUGCUAGAAACAUUUUCGUCAUCUUCAGCUGAGAUUUGUGAAUCUGUGCUUGAAUUGCUUCAAACCCAUGCUGAAGACGAUAGUGUAAAACAGUCCCUUGCACAACAUGGUCUUUGCCAGCUUUUGAUUAGUCUUGUUGAAAAAUACCAGCCUUUAGUUGAUGAUGCUGAUGAAGACACACAACGCCUUUUUAAGCUUGCCACAGACCUGAUUGUCAUAAUUCUGAAUGGAGAUGUAAGCAUGACCAUGCUCUAUGGAGAUGGGAAAGGUGAAGUAUACCUAAACAUGUUAAAAUGGGUGGUUGCUGACAAUGCUGAUCUUCAGACCACUGGAAUUCUUGCUGUCGGGAACUUUGCACGAUGUGAUCUCAAUUGCAUAAAAAUGGUGGAAAGUGGUGUUCACAAAGAUUUUCUUCUGUUGUUGGAAAAGCACAAUGGUCAUGAAGACGAUGCACGUCUGCCACAUGCACUUCUUUCUGCCUUGAGAAACCUUGCCAUUCCAACAUCAAAUAAAGCUGUUAUUCUUAAAGCUGGUGCUCUUGACAUUUUGACACCAAUGAUCAAUUCCUGCACUUUGCCCGUGGCCUUCAAACUUUUGGCAACUUUACGAAUGUUGGUUGAUGGACAAGACCAAGCAGCUGAGGAAUUAGGAAAAAAUAGUCAACUCCUAAAGAAGCUUGUUGAAUUUUAUGCUAAUGAUUGUCAUGCAGGAGUUCAAGGAGAAGCUAGCCGCUUGCUGGCAUGGAUAAUUAAAAACAGCAGGAGUAAAGAUGUUGGUGCAACUGUCAUUCAGUGCUGUGCUCUCCCACCUUUAGUUAGUAUGUUGUGCUCUGAGCAUGCUGUCAUGAGAAAUGAGGCACUCCUUGCACUAACCUUGGUAUCAGCCACUCAAUUACCAAUUGCUGAGAAAUCUUUAGCAGAGUCAAAGGUGUGUGCAAGGGUGGCAGGUCUUCUAACUGAGCAUGGCUCAUCUAUGGAAAAACCUAUGCUGUGCAAUACACUAGCUCUCCUUGGAGAGCUAGUUUCAUCAGAUGUUUUAGCAAAAGAUUUGGCUCAGAAUGGAGUGCACGAGUCUCUUACUGGAUUGACUACAAGGAAAGAUAUCUCUGACUUAGACGAGCUAGUCACAAAGUUGUCAAGUGCAUUGAAGACUACUUAAAAGUGACUAAAGUCUUGACUGUUCUGCUUGGUGCUAUCAAUGAAGCAAAUACUACACAUAACUAAAUUUUAAACAAUAUUUCAAUUCUUCAAUUUCAUUAAGAUCUCAUUUUUCACAUUCCAUUUCGAAUUUUUUGCAAAUUGUAGGUGGUGAUUUACUUACCCAUGUCAAUCUUCUCAUGUUCCUCCCUUUUAAAUGAGAGCGGGGAAAGAAUUUUGAUUUGUCCAUAGGCUCGUAUCUUACUUCUUUUCUAGUAUUUUCUUCUUAUACGUACUUAUUGGAAUUCGACCUUCUUUCUCUUUUUUUUUUUUUUUUUGUGCCAUUAACAAACAAACUAAUAUUAUCCAUUUGCUUGAAGUGCGCCAUGUAAUGUUUCCUUUGGGCUUCCAAAUUUUUGUUUUGAGUUACUUUCUUUGUAAAGAAUAAGAUUUGGCUAUGAAGAAGCAAGGUUCAUUUUAUCAGUAUGAAUUCAUUCCAUACUUUUCUAUUACAUCAACCUUUUCUGUGAAAAUUAUCUGUGAUUUCUAUAUUUUUUACUAAAUUGAUUGAUUCUUAAUAAGUAUGUCAAAUAUGUCAUGUUCUUAAUAAGGUACAAAAGGUAAAGGUAAGGUACAAAAACGUCUGAAUCAAUGAAAAUAUCUUUAAUGAGUCACUUUGUACAAACAAUAUAGGCAUGACCAUAACAUAUGUACAGAUUACAACAAUAAUUGUAUUCAUUUUUGACUUAUGUCCUUAACUUACAAAUAUUUACACAAGCCUUUCAAGCUUCAUGUUAAUUAUUCUUGUGCCAAAUGUCUUGCAAAUACAGUACUGUAAUAAUAGAAAUUUGCUAUACUUUUCAGAGUUUGCUACUAAUUCAACUCUCUUAAUAAGUUACCUUUUAUUCUGCUGUGUACUUAAUACUUUCAUCUUUUUAUUCUUCAAAUUUCUUUCUAUGCUCCCCAUUUUAAUAGAAGAUUGACAAAGAGCCCUUUACCUAACACGAUGUACAGGAUCUUGUACAUACAGAAAGGAGUAAAGAACAAUAAACUGCAGUUGUCAAACA